GUAAGUAAGAGGAGGAGCUUUUCCAUAGCCGGCAGUGAUAUGUUGUGCGACAGCUGAUGCUGAUGUGUGUCUGCUCUGCCAGUUUCUCAUUCACACACUCUGUAGUUUUAUGGUUCCGAAACAGAAAUGGACUUCAAUGUUAAGAGACUGGCAGCGGACGCGGGGACCUUCCUGAGUCGGGCGGUUCAGUUCACAGAGGAAAAGUUGGGCCAGGCUGAGAAAACUGAGCUGGACGCACAUUUGGAAAAUCUUCUUACCAGAGCUGAAUGCACCAAACACUGGACAGAGAAGAUUUUGAAGCAGACAGAAGUGCUUUUACAGCCAAACCCAAAUGUGCGGAUAGAAGAAUUUUUCUACGAGAAAUUGGACAAAAAAGCUCCCACACGGAUGAACAAUCAUGAGAUGCUGGGGCAAACCAUGAUCGAUUCUGGGAAUGAGUUUGGACCUGGCACAGCCUAUGGAAAUGCUCUGACGAAGUGUGGAGAGACGGAGAAGCAGAUCGGAGGAGCUGAAAGGGAGUUCAUCCAGAGCUCAGCUAUUAAUUUCCUCACACCUUUCAGGAAUUUUCUGGAGGGUGAUUUCAAAACUAUAUUGAAAGAACGCAAGUUGCUGCAGAUCAAACGCCUGGAUCUUGAUGCCGCCAAGACAAAGUUAAAGAAAGCCAAAAUGGCUGAGGCGAGAGCUGCUGCUGAGCAGGAGCUGAAGGUGACACAGAGUGAGUUUGACAGGCAGGCUGAAAUAACCAGACUGCUCCUGGAGGGAGUCAGCAGUACACAUGCUCACCACCUUCGCUGUCUGAAUGACUUUGUUGAGGCUCAGGCCACAUAUUACGCGCAGUGUUAUCAGUACAUGGUGGAUCUGCAAAAACAGCUGGGAAGCUUCCCUUCCUCAUUCUCUUCCAAUAAUAACCAGUGUUCAGCGGGGGCAGGAGCCGGUGUCUCUGUACCCACUCUGCCACUUUCCACUGUUCCCUCUGCUAGUGCCAGACAGAGCCACUCAGGCUUCAGCGAGCUUUUGAGCUCAGGUGCGAGCCGCAAGGCACGGGUACUGUAUGAUUAUGAUGCUGCCAGCAGCAACGAGCUAUCCUUAUUGGCUGAUGAAGUGAUUACUGUGAGCAGCAUCCCAGACAUGGAUUCUGAUUGGCUCAUGGGAGAGCGUGGGAAUCAGAGGGGCAAAGUGCCAAUUACAUACCUGGAGCUCCUAAACUGAGUGGCAACAAAGGGGAAAAAAACUACACACAAUUCAAAUGGGAUGACACCAUAUUCAAUGUGGUUAUGCAGUGCUGCUGCUUUUGUGGGCUGCUUUCCUGCCAUCAGUACAUCAUGAAUCUUUAGCUUCAGCGAGGGAAGAGAGUCUAACCCAAGUCUUAUCUGUUUACAAGCUGAUUAAUGCAUAAGGGCUUCUGAUAUAACGUCAUUACUGCCAGCACUCUGAAUUAUAACUUUUAACUGAGUAGAAGAGCUUGCUUUUGUAUUGAGAUGUUAAUUAACCCAUGACUCCCUGGACGUCUUAUAUCAUACUAAAGUCUGUCACUUUAUGGACAUUCACUUCAGAUAGCGGUGCCAUUUCAUAGCUAGAACUUUAAACAAUUCCUUUAACUUAAUGGCAGGGACAGAAACUGAAAUGAUUUCUUGUAAAGUGAGCUAUCUGGCUUAUAAUAGCCACAGUAGCUGUGUGCCUCAGAUAUUAUUUAUCUUUUUAUUUGUGAAUUUUGAAAAUGCCUUAGUACAUAUUACAAACCAAUGCAUUUAGGAAUAAUCUAAACAUUUGUUUAGAUAAAGAGAGAGAAACAAACAGUAUUCAGCACUUGACCUUGUUUAGAGAAAGCACAUUGAUGAGUCAGGGUCUGUAGAGUUUACAGGUUUGGCUAAUUAACUUGAUUUUGUACUCUUACAUCCAGUGUUGUGUGCCUUAAAUAACGCUGUGCCUUUUAUCAAGCAAUUUUUACUUUACAUUUUAUAGCAAGAGGAUGAGUAUGAGGUGCAAGACUGCAAACCAUGUUUUAGCUGCACAUGCAAAUAAGUCCAAGUCUUCUUUUUUUCCAUCCUCUUGAGCUUCAGAAUGCAGUUUCACCUGAACUCGUGUUUCAGUCUGUGUAUCAUCCUGUCUCAGUCCACCAUCUCAACAUGUCUCCCAAGCCUUGUUCUGCAGUUUUGCCUUAUUACAAAUAAACACAUUUCACAUCAUUUACCAUAUACAUGCAUGAAUUGUAACAGUUGUGUAGGAGGCCACGAGCGGCUCAUUUGUCUUAUCUAAUUUACUUUGACGUGUUAAAAAAAAAAAAUUUGUAAUUAAAAAGACAUUUUGCCAUUUCCGGUGUGGUAUCUGUCUGGAUUUCACCUUUUCAGCGGUACCUGUAAGGGCCAGCAGAGGUCAGGCUUUUCAUUAGGAUUUCAUUAGAUCACUGCUCUAUAAAUAUAUUGUUAAUAAGUUAAACCUUUAAAGGGGGGUGCAGUGUUUUAGUCACAUUUCCAUAUAUAGAAGCAUCUCUCAAUUUGGUGAUAUAAUUUAAAAAUCAUGUGAUAAAUGAACUAGUCCCUUAUUAUAUAUUAUUAGUCAGAUCUGAAUCUUUCCAGGUAAUUAAAAUGCAUUUUGUAUUUGCUGAUUUGAGUUGUUCCUGUAGAGUUUAUGUGUUCUGCCUUCACCACAGUGUAGUGAGAGGGUUAAGUGGAAGUGGAGAUGAACAUGCUGUACACUUCCUGUGCUGUGGUUCUGCAAGCCGUCCGUUCCUGGUGUCCGUUACUCACUCUCGCAUGCUAAAGAGGAGCCAUGUUCAGUUCCUUUCUGAAAAUAUGAAUGCGAGUUCAGCUCUGGUCAGCUUCCGCUCCACCUGUCGACUGGCUGCUGUGUUUGAUGGAGUAAUCUAAAUGCUGUCUUUUUCUGCUUUCAAUCCUGUAUUGUCUUUGUGCUGUGAUUAUUUCUGCACUGUAGUAUUGAGGUCAGGUAAAGUUUUGUUUUUACUUUGACCUCAACGGACUGAAAAGCAGCUCCUUGCUUAUAUAAACUGAUUCUUACUUAUUAUUUAGCUUCUUAUACAUUGUAUUAAAACAACAACAGCAGCAGCAUAUUGUUUAAGUAAUUAAGUUAUUGCACUAAUCAACCAACUCCAGAAUUUGCAAUUAAAUGCAACAGUUAUCUGUGAUAAAUGCAGCUUGCAAACAGUUUUUUUCCAAUCUUAUGUCUCUUUUUCAGUAUAGAAAACUCAUAUCAGAACACUGAGCCAGUUUCAGUUUCACUAAAGCAGUGUUUCGUUUUGUUUGCUUUUCUGUUUGUUUGUUUUUUAUUUAAUAAACAUGUGAAUUUCCUCCA